CACAACUCUUCCCUGUUUCAUCUUCCACCCACAUAAAAACAAACUUCUAAAACUCCAAGAUGAAGCCACCAUGCAUCUCACCAUCCUCCCUCUCAGUUUCUUGAAUCUCCAAUCAACUCCAUGGAUAUAAAUGCAACUCAGAGUACGAUUUCCUAAAUUUGGAGAGGGCGUGGAAACGACACAAAGCGAGAUAAGGAUUCCGCCGCAGAAGACUGCUUCCUCUGAAGAAGUUGGCAGAGAAGGCAAUUCACAGACCAGAUGAGCGAGUUCGGAGGGAACAGUGAUGGCAGUUAUGAGAUUGCGGUUGCAGCAGCAGCAUAUGCGAUCGUCUUGCUAGAAGAAGAGCGCUUACUGAAACAAAAGAAGUCCGACGAAGAGGUAAUAGGCCCUGAAACUAAGAUCAUAAGCCGAGGAGAAGAAAUCGUGAGGAAGAAGACCAGCAGAAAAGUUACCAGAUGGCUAACUAGAAGAGAGGAGGAAGAGGAUGAGAGACCAUCAGUUUCAGGUGAAGGUAAAGUCAAAAAACCGGCGACAGUCGACCAACAUAGGCAAGAAAAUGGUGCUGCUGAUCAGAAAGCAGCGGAGAGGGCGACAGAAACCGCUGCUGCAAUUAAGAGGGCUCCUACUUUUAUCGGUCGAAAUGAAACAGGAAGCAAGAAAUUUGAACGCGGGAAAGAACAAACAAGCCAACAAGUCCCGCCUGCGCUUAAACCUACAGCCUCAUUUUCUGCUCCCAAAAUAAAUGAUGGUGCGAAACCGGCCGACUCCGGCGUAGGGGAAACGGAAGCAGAUGCUUGGGAGAAGGCAAAGAUGGAAAAGAUAAAACAUAGGUAUGAGAAGACAAUUUCGACUAUUUCCGAAUGGGAGAAUGAGAAGACGGUGAAGGCUCAACGCAGAAAGGAUCGGAAAGAGACGGAAUUGGAAAGAAAGCGAGCGCGAAUACUACAAGAAUAUCGGAACGAAAUGGCAAGGAUUGGCAAGAUUGUUUUUGGGGCGAGAGCUCUUGCCGAAGAAAGAAAAAGAAAUGAUGAAGCCAAGGCCAUGAUGAAGGCGAAAAUGAUAAGAUCGACUGGCAAAGUUCCCAAAUCGUGCGGCUGCUUCUGAGAAAUCACCAGAAGCAAGCUAUCUACUAGCCUUCCAAUACUCUGAUGAUACUACAAGUGCUUCAUGAAAGUUCUGAGCAUGUAUAGUAUUUGUGAAUACAUUGAAAUUAGCAUAUUCAUUCAAUGACAACAGGAUCCAACAGAGAAGCAAACUAAUUUUCUUUCAUAAAAACAGAAAAAUAACCUUGAAUUGUAAGUGCUAUGUUACUGUCAUAAAUUUCGUACUCCCACUAAU